AUGUCUUCGCUACGCCAGCAGCAUUCGAUUAUUGAAGAAAAAGAUGAUAAGUGGCCUACAGGGGAUCAAAAUAUUGUUCGCUAUUUGAUCAAGAAACAAAAAUUUGAUGGUUUAUGGGAUAUCGAUGCCGAAAAUAUAGAACAUUUGACUGGAAAACCACUGUCAAACUUCUCAUCAUUUAAUAACCAGUCAACACUUAUUUCGGCUAUUGUCUUUGUCGUAUUUGAGAGACGUUUCGCUACAAUGUCAGCAAUGUGGCAUGGUGUAGCACAAAAAGCUCGUAAACGUCUUCUUGAUUUACUUGGCAAAGAUGCCAAACAACUCGAAUCAUUACUGGAGGACAUUCGUCAACAACUUUGA